AUGCUCAUUCUUCUAUUGGCCUUGAUGAUUUGCUAUUCGCUUCAGGAAAUCGCAAUUCAGAAGUGCUAUCAGACGGUGGCGGUGCAAUCCAACGAGAAUGUCACGUUUUUCAAAAUUCUCGAAGACAACGAUGGUGUGAUGAUCAGUGGAACUGCGACGAGUGCGUUCACCGUCGGCUUCUACAACGCCAAAGACGAAAACGAAAUCUGGUACGAGAACGACUACAUGGGCCUCGUUCGCUAUGUCACAUUCAACAAUCAUUCAUUUCCGGGCAUGCUUUUCUACAAGAAUGGAAUCGACCAAAUGUGGUUUAUAGACGUUACUGAGAAUAUCAAGAAGAUGUAUGUGCAAGGCGUCGACAAUUGUCAAGUUCAUCUCCAUUGCUAUUGUCGGGCUCCAACACGAACGAAGACGCAUUUGGAGUAUUGCAUGAGACUUCGGGAUUUCAAUGCGAACACGUUUUAA